UUUUGUCACUUUCCUCCCAAUGUCAACACUGUUCAAUUCCUGCGCGUUUGGUUUGUCGUCAACGAAAGAUGAUUAUUUUCCAUUCUCUGCCGGCUUUGCUAUUUUUUGCAUGACCAUUUCAACGAUUUGGUGCUUCUGCUGCUCAAAGAAAAAGAAGGGAGAUGACAAGGAGGAUAACAAAAGACAAUCAAAAGUAAAGUCUCCUCCUCCUAUUCCAGCUGCCAAAAAAACUGAUUCUGCAGCCAAAAAGAGGCGAUAUUCGGCAACACCUGACAAAGCAAAGCGACAGCAAGCCCAAGCUAGGGUUCGAAUACCGGUUGUGAAGCCGGUCGUUGCUGGGAAUCCAAAGGCAAAGGGUGGAGAUGGUGGAAGUAAGACGAAGAAACCAGGAGAUAGAGCAGGGCGGGUAGAUCCAACUACAUCAAGUCCUACUACAGACAGUGCUCUGCUGACGGUGGAACCAGAUGAAUCUGAUUUCAAAAUGGAAGACUUCAAAAUGGAAAACAAUACCAAAAUGGAAGACAAUAAAGAAAGUGGAGGAGUGAAUUAA